AUUGAUUUUAUGUGCGUAUCUAUACUUGUUGGUCAGGAUUUCAUGUUCAUGACACGGUUGGUGACAAAUCGAGAGGACAAGCAGGCAUUACCAGAUUUGAUGCAGUCAUUCGAAAUUGUAGAUUACUCGUGAGGCAUGCAUUGCAUGUUGUUCAUUUUGCUAACGGUGUGACUACAAACGUGCAUUCAAUUACCAGAAAUUUCAACUGUUGAAGAUUUGAGUAUAUGUGUAGACAAGAAAAUCGGGUAACUAAAGUUGUCCAUAAUGGACUCAUUGCCAAUAAGAGCACCAGAUGGCAGUCCGGGAACUACCACCAAUAGUGUUAAGAGUGAUGACAGCAGUCCCCGUCAUGACCCCGGGAGAGGCUCCCCGCCUCCAAACUGUGCAAUAUGCCUUGGCACAUGCAGAAACAAAUCUUUCACUGACUCUUGCCUUCAUCAGUUUUGUUUCAAGUGCCUAUUAACUUGGAGCAAGGUCAAAGCAGAGUGUCCACUGUGUAAACAGAAUUUUAGAUCAAUCAUUCACAAUGUUCGCUCAAACCAUCAGUAUGAAGAGUAUAUGGUGGAACAGCGUCACACUGAGGAACUGUCUGAAAGAAUUGAUAUUGAUAACCUCACUGCCACAAGAAGAUUUAGAUACAGGACGACGCUGACGCUGCCGCGGCAGAACACGAUCGCCAUCCAGCAGCUGCUGCUGCACCACUACCCCAUGGUGGCGGAGCUGUUCCCCGGCCCGCCCGCGCCGCGCCGCCGCUCGCCUGCCUCCUUCCGCCGCACCGUGUACCGCUACAACCUGUGGGCGCGCCCGCUGCCCGACUUCACGCGCCGCUUCCGCGACUGCUCGCCCGACUUCUACAGGCACAACCCUUCGCAAAUGCAUCGCCUGGUGCCCUGGCUGAACAGGGAACUCCACUACUUGCUGAACGAAAACCUCGGCCACAUAGCGUACGUCGUAGCGAGAAUAUUAGAAUUACUGCCACAGUACAGCAUCAAUUCGACGGAAUUCAGAGAUACGAUGCGACGCUACUUCGGGGACAACACUGAUCAUUUCCUGCACGAACUAUACUGUUUCGCUUCGACGCCGUACGAUAUGAACGGGUACGACCGUCACGUGCAGUACACCACCGACCACACGAUCUCGACGAUAGUCAACGACGUGCUGUCGAGCUCCGAGUCCGACGCCAGCGUGGACUCCGACAUCGUCGUGAUCUCCAGCUCCGCGCCCGCCGAUGCGCCGCCCGGGCCCUCGCGCCCGCCGCGGCCCGCACGCGCGCCCGCGCCCGUCUACCCGCAGAGCUACAUCACCGACGGCGGCGGCGUCGUGCCCAUCGAGACCAUCUCGCAGUCCGACACGGACGACGACUCCUCCGAGGUGGUGGUCGUGGGCUACAUCAAGCCGCCGCAAGAUCGCACGCCGGAGGUCGUCGACCUGCUGGGCUCCGACAGCGACGUGAUCGUGCAGGACGGCGCGCCCGCGGAGCCCGCGCCGCGCGAGGCGGAGGCGCGCCCAGCGCUCGUCAAGCUCAAGCUGGCGCGCGCGCACGCCUCCGACAGCGACAGCGCGCGCACGCCAAGCGCGUCGCCGCCGCCGCGCCGCCGCCGCCGCCACCGCCGCUCCGGCGUCGAGUCCGACCCGUGGCUCGCGCCCUCCUCCUCCAGCUACGAGACCAACUUCGUCACCUCGCCCAGCGAGUCCGACGACGGCGUGAGGCCGAAGGCUAAAUGGACGAUUCUGCGACGACACGCCAACUUGGAAAGGAACAGAAGAAGAGAGAUGAAGCGUGAACGUAAGCAUCGUAAAAGUAAAAAAGAUUCAAAUACAUCACUCGGCAGAGAGAAGCAAAAUAAACAUAAAUCUCAUUCUGGCAAAGGUGUAAAAUCGUCGAGGAACGCCAUCGUCAAAAAUGAAAAUACGGAUCGCGCGCAGUCAAUAGAUCAGCCCGGCACGAGUGGAAUGUCGCGCUCCGGAACGAGAGACGUCAAGAGCGAGAUGUCGCGCGGUACGAGCGAGACGUCGCGCGAAACGAGCGAGACGUCGCGCGGUACGAGCCAUAUGUCGCGCGGCACGAGCGAGAUGCUGAGUGGCACGAGCGACAUGUCGCGUGGCACGAGCGAAAAGUCGCGCGGCACGAGCGAGUUAUCGAGCAACACGGGUGACAUAUCACGCAACAUGAGCGAGAUAUCGAGCAACACGAGUGACAUAUCGCGCAACACAAGCGAGAUAUCGAACAGCACGAAUGACAUAUCGCGUGGCGCAAGCGAGGUAUUACGUGGCACGAGCGAAGGGUCGCAUGGCUCUAGCGGCAUAUCUCGUGGCACGAGCGGGAUGUCACGCGGCACGAGCGAGGUGUCGCACGGUUCCAGCGGCAUUUCGCGUGGCACGAGCGGGAUGUCACGCGGCACGAGCGAGGUGUCGCACGGUUCUAGCGGCAUUUCGCGUGGCACGAGCGGGAUGUCACGCGGCACGAGCGAGGUGUCGCACGGUUCUAGCGGCAUUUCGCGUGGCACGAGCGGAAUAUCACGAGGCACGAGCGAGGUGUCGCAAGGUUCUAGUGGCUCAUCGCGUGGCACGAGCGGGAUGUCGCAUGGCACGAACGAGGUAUCGCGGAGCUCGAGCGGAAUAUCACGCGGCGUGAGCGAGGUAUCGCGCGACACGACGUGGACCUGGCGCGGUACUAAGCGCAAAAUGGAGAGGAACACGCGACGCCGCGAGAGUAAAAGACUGAAAAGUGUUGUAAAUGUAAUAAAUAGCCAAAAAAAAUCCGAGUUAGCGAGUCGAGUGGGUGCGGAGCGGGCUACGGACAGCGAGUCGGAGUACCAGCCCACCGACUCCUCCGACUCGGACGACGACCUGCCGCUCAACCUCAGCAUCGGAAAAGUAGCGCGUUAGUUGUUAGAUAUGCCUGGAAUUAAAUGGAACAUUGUGAUAAUUUUAUAUACAUAAUAUUAUUUAUGAAUCUUAAUUUAAUAAUAAUAAAAUAAUCUGAAAUUAAUAAUAAUUGAGCCAGAUCUCACAGCAAAUUGAAAAGCGCUAUUGAAAGUGUAUAGUACAUUCGGUCAUUUAAAGUGUUUCGUUGUAAUUAUUAUUGUUAUGCAAGUUUGUAUGUUUUAUUUUAAAUAAUAGCCAUCCGUCAUACCUAGUUCUACAAUGUAAAUAUUAUUUUGAAGGUUUAUUUAGAUAUUAGAAAAUGUCCACCACUUCGUAUGUUUGGAUUUAAUUUUUAAAAAUCCUUGAGAUUUUGAUUCUCCAUUAUAAAAAGUAGUCCAUCUUUGAGAUGCCAGCUAACUCUAUAGGUACGAAAUUUCGUCAAAGUCUGUUAAACAGAUGUUCCCCGAAAAGGUAAUAAACAGACAGACACACUUUUUUUUUAUAAUAUUAUUAUCGCGAUAUUAAACAACAAACGAGACAGACAAGCACUAAUAUUUAGCAUGCCAUGUUGUAUAUAUGUAUUAGAUUUAUCAGUUAUAAUUAAAUAAGAUUUUUUUGGAUGAA